GUCAUUUGGGAAGAAUUACAAGAAAAAGUAUUUUUACACCCAACAGCAGACAACUGGCGUAAAGUAGCUGCAGAAUUUGAAACUCUGUGGAAUUAUCCACACUGUAUUGGGGCGGUGGAUGGUAAACAUGUAGACAUUGAUGCUCCACCUAAUAGUGGAUCAACGUUUUAUAAUUACAAAGGGAGACACAGCAUCAAUUUAAUGGCAAUUAGCGAUGCCAAUUACUGUUUUUUAAUGUUAAAUAUUGGCGCUGAAGGACGUCGAAGCGAUGGAGGCGUUUUUCGAAACAGCGAUAUUGGUAUCCAUUUUAACAAUAACAAAAUGGAUCUUCCAAAACCAACCGAAGUAGGAAUAAGUGGACCAAAGCUUCCAUACGUGUUGGUUGCAGAUGAAGCGUUCGCAUUAACGCCAUAUAUGAUGCGACCAUUUCCUCGGACCAAAAAUCUUAAUUUUAGAAAGAAGGUGUUUAACUAUCGUUUAAGCAGAGCUCGACGUGUCGUUGAAAGCGCGUUUGGACUGCUCGUAUCUCGGUGGAGAAUUUAUCGGAAGCCAAUCAGUGCUUCUUUGUCCACAGCUGUGAAAAUUGUUCAAGCAACAACUGCUUUGCAUAACUUUAUGAUACAAAAUGAGUUACUUGCACCGGCAUCGGAAAGAAUAUACUCCAGGAACAACAUAGAAGAUAGUAUAGCGUUAAGUCAAGGAAGCGCAUUUACAGAUAUUGAUGUGCGCAACACGAAUGCGUGUAGUCGAUAUGCUGCAGAAGUGCGAAAUAGUUAUGCUGAUUAUUUUAUGAACUCCGGGGCAGUAGAAUGGCAGUGA